UGAUAUCUAUAUGGAUAGAGUCAUGAGAGUUGGUUCACUAGUCAGCUUUCUCCUAUGCAUUGCGUCUUUUACAGUUAGCUUAUGCAAGGGGGACCUGUAUGUGCCUUGCAAAGAACAUGAGAGACAAGCACUCCUUCUGUUCAAGAAAGAUCUUGAUGAUCCGUCAAAUAUGCUUUCCUCCUGGGGUGGUGCAAGCGAUUGUUGUAACUGGAUCGGUGUUGCCUGUGAUAAUUUAACCGGUCAUGUCCAUGAGCUCCACCUUGCUGGUAAUUAUGAUCAAGAAACUGGUGAGGAACACGGUUUGGGUGGUAAUGUAAAUCCUUCUCUACUCAAUUUAAAGCAUCUCAGCUACUUGAACUUGAGCUACAAUAAUUUUGAAGGACUACAAAUUCCUAGCUUUCUAGGUUCUCUUAAAGGUUUAAGAUAUCUUGACCUCUCGUAUGCAGGGUUCAAUGGAACCAUUCCUCAUCAGUUGGGGAAUCUCUCGAGUCUGCGUUAUCUCGACCUUUCUCACAACUUUGGUUCGAUGGUCGAGAAUCUCAAAUGGCUCUCUGGUCUUUCUCUGUUGAAACAUCUUGACAUGAGUUUUGUAGAUCUUACCAACGCAUCUCAUUGGUUACAAGCAAAUACACUCCCUUCUCUGCUAGUCGAGUUACAUUUGUCUAGUUGCGAACUUUAUCACAUACCAAGUGGUAUUGCGAACUUGACAAGUCUUAAAGUUCUUUAUCUGCACCGGAACCAUUUCAACUCUACCAUACCUAAAUGGUUGUACGGUUUGGGCCAUCUUGAGUUCCUCUUUCUUUCUCAGAAUGCUUUCCAUGGUGAAAUUUCGAGUUCCCUUGGAAACUUGACAGCCCUUGUUGAUCUUAAAUUGCGUAGCAAUCAGCUUGAAGGGGAAAUCCCAAACUCAUUGGGAAAUCUUUGUAAGUUGACUGCUAUUGAUCUAUCGUCGAACAAUUUUUGGGGGAGGGUAUCAGCAAUCUUUGAAAGUUUGUCUCGAUGUAGUUCUGGUCAAAUAUAUUAUUUAGAUUUGUUGGAUAAUAAUUUUUCAGGUCAUUUAUCUAAUCAACUUGAAAGUUUCAAAAAUUUACGUUAUCUUUAUCUUUCAAAUAAUUCAAUAUCGGGUCCCGUUCCAGUGUCUUUAGGAAAUCUAUCACUCUUAGAGGAGUUGGCCAUUGAUAACAAUUCAUUCGAGGGUGUUAUCUCUGAAGUUCAUUUUACUAAUCUUACAAGAUUGAUUAACUUUUUUGCAAAUGAGAACUCUUUGACUCUUAAAACCAGCCCAGACUGGCUUCCUCCUUUUCAACUUUCUAUCUUGACUUUAAGUUCAUUGCAUCUGGACCCAUCAGAGUUACCUGCGUGGCUCAAGAGUCAAAAACAUUUGUCCGCUCUUAACAUGUCCAAUACAGGAAUUUCAGGUACAAUUCCGAUUUGGUUUUGGAACAUUUAUUCGAAUGGUGCAUAUUUUGUGGAUCUCUCGCGUAAUCAGUUGUCCGGCGAGGUUCCAAACAUAGUUUCCGCCAACUGGCCAAAACAACAGCGUUUCGAUCCCCAAGUUUCAGGAAUCCUAAUUGACUUAAGGUCUAACCAGUUCAAUGGUUCAUUGCCUCUUGUGUCUUCGGCAGUGUCUACACUUGAUCUUUCCAAUUCAUCAUUUUCGGGAACUCUCUCUCACUUACUUUGUGAUAGGAGCGAUGUACCUAAAAACCUUCUUGUUCUUCAUCUUGGCAACAAUCUCCUCACUGGAGAAAUUCCUGAUUGUCGGUUACAUUGGCCAAACUUGACAGUUGUGAAUUUAGAAGACAACAAUUUGAUGGGGAAAAUUCCAAGCUCUAUCGGGGACCUACUUUCCCUUCGAUCUUUGCACUUGCGCAAUAAUAAGCUAUCUGGAGAAUUACCUGUGUCCCUACAAAACUGUGAGCAGUUGUUACUUCUUGACCUUGGUGGAAACAAGUUUGCUGGAAGCUUUCCAAUAUGGUUUGGCCAAAGCUUGGUAGUUCUUAGUCUUCGUUCAAAUCAGUUCCAUGGCGCCAUUCCUUAUAAGCUCUGUAGUCUCACAAAUCUCCAAAUCUUGGACCUUGCGCAUAACAAUAUUUCGGGAACGAUACCCAGAUGUUUCCAAAAUUUGUCAUCCAUGGCCAAUACCUUUUCAAGCGAAGGACCUACCAGUAUUCAAUUCUUGGAUGCUUCUUUUUUCGGUUUUGGUCUUUUUGGGGAGUCCUACACAGAGACUGCAGUUUUUGUGACCAAAGGAAGAGAAGUGAACUAUAACACAAUGCUUCGGUUGGUCGCUAGUUUGGACCUUUCCAACAACAUGUUAACUGGAGAAAUCCCGGAAGCACUGACCAGUCUCAUUAGCUUACAAACGUUGAAUUUAUCCGAUAAUCUUCUGACUGGAAGAAUCCCUUCCAAAAUCGGUGAUAUGAGAAUGUUAGAGUCGCUUGAUUUGUCCGUGAACCAACUUUGUGGCGAAGUUUCUCCAAGCAUCUCAAACUUGACAUUUCUCAAUUAUCUGAAUUUGUCCUAUAACAAUCUGAUAGGGCAGAUUCCGAAAGGCACUCAGCUUCAAAGCUUUGAUAUGUCUAGUUAUGCUGGCAAUAAACUUUGCGGACCUCCAUUGGAAGAGUGUCACAGUACAAAAGAGGCCAUGCCACCGGUAGGUGAUGAGAAGCACGGAGAAGGUCAUUUACUUGAAGAUGGCGGGUUCUAUCUGAGCUUGGGGCUUGGAUUUGCAUUUGGGUUUUGGAUUGUUCUUGGUUCAUUGUUGUCUAAUUUGCCGUGGAGCAAUGCACUUUCUCAGUUCCAAAAUAUUAUUGUGAAGAAGCUCUAUGUUGUAAUCGUUAAACGUCAUUAAUUAUUCUGUGCAGAUAGAGGGAGUUUGUGUGGUUUGUUUCUACUUUUUUGCUAUACAGAUAGAAUGUUACACUGUUGUAUGCUUCUUUGUUUCUAAAUCUGGCAUGUUUGCACAAAUAUUUACAAGAACAAAAAUGAAUAAGUAACUGAU